AUGGUCGAGAGUGCUGCCAAGCAAGCCGGAGAGGCAGCCGGACGCCCCAAGUAUAGCGAGAUGGUCGCCGCCGCCAUCAGAGCCUUGAAGGAGCGGAGUGGUUCCUCCCGUCAGGCGAUCCUCAAGUACGUGCUGAACUUCUACGGGGUCGAGGACGAGAAGAAAGCAGGCGUUCAUGUUCGGCUGGCGCUGAAGAAGGGCGUUGCCGGCGGGUCUCUGGUCCAGGUGAAGGGGACGGGGGCCUCUGGCUCUUUCAAGCUGGCCAAGGUGGAAGGCAAGGCGGAGGGGAGGAAACCCGCUGCGGAGAAACCGGUAGCGAAGAAGACCACUGUCAAGAAACCAGCCACCAAAAAGACUUCAGCGAAGAAACCAGCCACCAAAAAGACUUCAGCGAAGGAAACAUCCGCCAAAAAGACUUCAGCGAAGGAAACAUCCGCCAAAAAGACUUCAGCGAAGAAAAUAUCCGCCAAAAAGACCACAGCCAAAAAAGACGUGACGAAGAAAGUUAGCGCGAAGAAGGAAUCACAGAAGAAAACCACAAAGGAAAAGGUUUCAGCAAAGAAAGCCACAGCCAAGAAACCGCCGACGAAGAAAACCGCGCUCAAGCAGCCAGCCACCAAGAAAAUGACCAAGAAGUCUGCAGCUAAGAAAACGGAGAAGAAAUCCACAAACAAGAAGGUGCGUCCUUCAGCCAUGCGCGCUUCAGGCUACUUCAGGAUCUCCAAGGAGGAGCUGGAGAAGGCUCCGCCCAAGAAGGGCUCGGCCAAGAACAAAGUGACGAAGAACAAGAAGAAGACUCCUGGAAACGCGACGGCAAAGAAACCCAGCGUUAAGUCUGCAACAAAGAUACCUACCUCUAAGGUCCCUACUGAAGGUGCCACAAAGAAACCCAGCGUUUAG